GAUGAGUUGCGAGAAGAGGAGCCUGAACUCGAUCGAGCAGAGGAUCGAGCUGAGGUUCGAGCUGAGGAUCAAGUUCAGGAGAAUGAAGAUCUGGGUGAGCCUGAGUGUUACUAUUUUGAAGAAUAUGAAGCUCCAAGGAUGAACCCCUCUGUUGUGGCUGCUCACAAGAGGAUUGGACUUCUUCAAAAGUUCAACAAAUGGCAAGGGAAGGCCAUUGAAAAGAUGCAAAAGUCCAUGGACAAGAUGGUGAGCAAGAUCAAGAGUUUGGAGAAGAAAGUUUCUGGUUCUUCAUCCAAGAAGAAGAAGGCAACCAUGGCCCCCACAUUCCUAGGAGUAGAUCUCUCCUCACCACUCCAAGGAGGCUUCAUACCCAAGAGCCUCACAGAGCCUCAUCAUUUGUGCCAAGGGAAGGAGAAGACAACUCGCAGAGAAGGAGGAAGAGUUCCAAGGCUCGACGCUCUAACUCGACCACAUGACUCGAUCAAGUCCAAAUAG